AUGGCAGCCGGUAGCCGCAGCAGCCCAAACCAAGCAUCGCGGAAGCAUCUGUGCGUAAAGACCCGCCACAUAUGUCAGCUUUCGGGUCUGAGCCAUCUCUUUUGCGAUAGACGCGAUGGCAGGGAGACGAUCGCUAUCAAAGCACCCAGGCCCGAUCUUUCCAGCGGCUACUCUCAAGGUCAGACGAGAGAUUAUGCAGGCCCUCAGGUGUGA